AUGGAUGCCCUCGUCGCAACUGAGAGCGUCCUCGAUGGGAGUACAUCGACGGACACCGGUAAGGCAGAGGAACCUGCCAAAUCCGAAAAGCUCGCCCAGGAGGAAAACAAGUUCCAGCAGGCUAUUGCAGUAUGGAGAGGCAUCGACCUUACGAGCCUGGUGCCAAAACUUGACACUACCGCAUCAGACAUCAUAGCACAUCAACGAGACUCUCUUGUGCAACGAAAAGAUCUGGCUCAGAAAACCAAAGAUUUCCGAAAGCUCGAUGAUUCUACGAAACUCUCGGAAUACAAAGGCUUGUUGAAAUCAUACCAGACGUUCAUUGACCUCCUCACCUACCAUGGCAAGGCUUCUUCAUCCGCAUUUUUGCAGCUUUACUCCUCGUUAUCGGAAGCCCCCGAUCCGUAUCCGCUCCUCGAAGCAUCCGUUGAUUCCCUAGUCGUGUCCGAAGAUACCGUUCCCAAAUUGACAUCCGAGAUAGACUUUCUUCGAAAGAGCACAAACCGCCUUACGUCCCAAUUGGAGGAGUCGGAAAAGAAAUUGGAGGAAGAACGAUCACUCCGACGCAAGUUUGAAGAAAGCCAGGAUGCAAGAAUCCAGGAAAUUGAGGCAUCCUGGGCAGCGGUUCUGGCUGAGAAGACCAGUAAUUGGGAAUCUAAGGAGAAGAACUAUGAGGAAAAGUCGGAAAACCACGAACGCUUACUCAAGGAAAUCAAGGCGAGCUACGAAGUAAAUCAAAGAUUGGACCGAACAGACGGUGAAGACACGUCAAGGAGUUCCGCCACCGCAGCGGAGCUUGAAAUCGUUGCGUCAGAACUGGAGAAGACCAGCGAGCGAUUGGCAGAGCUCGAGGCUCGGAACGAGCAAUUGAGUUUAGAGCUUGCGCAGGCUGUAUCACAUUCCCAGUCCGAGUACAAAAACCGCACGCUCGAAGAUGACCCGACAUUCCUACGGUUGCAAGCGGAAAAUUCGUCUCUUUUGCGAAAACUCGACUCUGCCCGCUACGAAAAAGAUGCGGAAAAACAUUCGUGGGAAGGAAGACUCCGUCAGGUAGAAAGACAGAACCUGCAGAUAACGGCUGAACGAGAUGAAUUGAAAUCCAAGUUGGAUAAAUGCGCAGAUUACGAAGAUAUCCGACGGGAGCUUGAAGUCAUGAAGUCCAUUGAGUUUUCUACUGGGGAUGACGAUGAGAAGGACGUGACGGAGGAUCCAAAUUUGAUUUCUCAUAACGACUCCGGCAAAUCGAAUGAGAACUCCUUAGAGCAGCUCUUAUUAAGUAGGAAUAAGAAGCUUUCGAAUGAGCUGACUAUUUUGAGAGUGUCCCAUCAAGAUUUACAGAAUCAGCUAGAAACCCUACGGAAGGAUUUGUCCAAGUCAAACGCGGACCUCCAAAAAUCGCGGAAUUUGGCAUCCACUCUGGAAAACGAUCUUCUCCAGAUGCAACGAGAAGCAUCGAGUUUCCCAUCUGCUGCCAUGUCGGUUGCCGGCACGUACGCGUCGAGAUACCCCCACUCCUACCGUAGAGGCCGAGCCCCGUCACCCACUUCCUCAAUCAUAUCCGGCUUUGACCACGCACACGCAUCCGCAAACACAAUGGAAGCCAUCAAGGCCGGCUCGCCCGUGGGCGGCGGCUCAGGGAUCCUGCCAAUGGUCCAAGCCCAACGAGACCGCUUCAAGCAGAAGAACACCGAGCUGGAAGAGGAGCUGUCGAAGACGUACGCAAUCGUCAAAUCGCUCCGCCAGGAAGUCGCCUCGCUCCAGAAGGAUAACCUCAGCCUGUACGAGAAGACGCGCUACGUGUCCACCUACAACCGAAGCGGCGGGCAGGGGCAGCGGCAGCGGCAGCGGGAGCAGCCCGCGACCUCCGCGUCCGCGUACGGCAACACCCCGAACGCCAGCGCCAUGCAUCUCGGCGCAGACUCGGUCGACCGCUACCAGUCCGCGUACGAGGCGCAGAUAUCGCCCUUCGCGGCCUUCCGCGGCCGGGAGUCGGCGCGCGCGUACCGCCGCAUGAGCGUGCCGGAACGCAUCAUCUUCUCCAUCACGCGGAUGGUGCUCGCGAACCGCACGAGCAGGAAUCUGUUCGCGGGCUACUGCGUGGCGCUGCAUGUGCUUCUGUUCGUGAUGUUGUAUGUGAUGAGCACGUCGGAGAUCGAGAAGCACGCGGCCGGCGCGGCGCUGGGUUCGCUCGGUGGAGCGGCGAUGGCGGGGUCGGCGGGCGCAGCUGGCGGGAGCGGGGGCAGUCCCGGCAAUGGCGCGGGAAGCGGCGAUUGGCAGCAGGAGAACUUCUAG